AUGAUGGAUUGCAAUAAAAAUCUGUGGAUAAAAAUUUGGAAUCAUCCAAUCGUUACAUACUUGAAGACACAAUGGUUCACUUUUUGUCUGGCGAUUUUCAUCAUCAUAGCUAGAUUUGCACCUAAUUUUGCGGCUAAUGGAGGUCUGAUCAAGGCACAGUACACCAUUGGGUACGGUGCCGUUGCAUGGAUAUUUCUACAGAGCGGGAUUAGUAUGAAGACAUCGAAGCUAUUAGUCAAUAUGGGUAACUGGAGAGCACAUCUGGUAAUAUUUAUAAUGAGCUUUCUAAUAACGUCUUCUAUAAUUUAUGGCUUCUGCUGUGCGAUAAAAGCGUCUAAUAACCAUAAUAUCGACGAAUGGGUUCUCGUUGGUCUCCUUGUUACGGCAACCUGCCCUACAACUGUUGCGUCUAACGUCGUUUUAACCACGAACGCUGGUGGUAAUGAGUUGCUUUCAGUAUGUGAGGUAUUCUUGGGGAAUACUCUAGGUGCUUUUAUCACGCCAGCUUUGGUUCAAAUGUACACUAGAUCAGGACCUUUCCAAUUCGGCAAUCCCGCCGGAGCGCAAGGUAUCGCAGCAUUAUAUGGUCGUGUGAUGAAACAGGUUGGGCUAACGGUAUUUCUUCCGUUACUGGUGGGGCAACUAAUUCAAAACUUUCUACCAAAAAUAUCGGAGGCAUAUCUGAAUUUUCUAAAACGAUAUCAUAUCAAAAUUGGAACUAUCAUGCUUCUACUCGUUAUGUUUAGCUCAUUUUCCACUGCAUUCAAACAGGGGGCUUUUACAAGCGUACCGCAUGUGUGCAUCAUAUUUCUCUGUUUUUUUAACUUCGGCGUAUACGUUUUCUUCACUGGGAUUUGUUUCGUUUUCGCACGGCCAUUCUUUAUUCCAAUGCUCUUUCCAACAGAGCCAAUCUACGGCGAAUCAUCGAAAACGUACUAUUAUUCAUAUAAGAUUUUCAAACCAUUCUACUAUUGCAAGAGAGAUUCCAUAUGCAUUAUGUUCUGCGGUGCUUCAAAAACAGCGGCACUAGGAGUAUCAUUGAUUACUUCUCAAUAUGCCAACGACAAUGAUAAUUUAGGUAAGCUGCUAGUCCCGUUGGUUUUAUACCAAAGUCAGCAGGUAAUCACAGCUAGUUUGUUUGUGCCGCUUCUUAAAAAAUGGUGCAGCGAUGAGCAACCCGAUGUUGUAGAGCUGCAAAGUCGAGAAUACGACAUAGAAAAUAAGUUAUCGAAAGUCGAGGAAACUGCAACUACAAACUCAAUGGAGUCGUGA